CCGAAUAGCUCCUCCCUCACUUCAACUUUAAGCUCCCUUAAGCCUUGAGCUGUGAAUUAAUAAUUCAAUGCCCAUCGAUUUCGCAUAAUUUCACUGGCGAGCAUGGACUCGCAAUCCUUGUCACCGACAGUCCUCGGCGAGCUGAGGGAUCUUGCGCAGGCAGCUGGGUCGGUGCAUCGACUGCUGCACCAUCAGACGAAGAAGCAUUCGACGGAGCCCUUUCAACCCGAUCUUCAAGCGCUAACUGGCCUUCUACUCCGUCUGACUGGCGUGAUUCAUUCCUUGUUACUGCAUUUACAAAUUCUCGGUGACGAGUCGCCGCAAAGCAAUUACACAAAAAACACCAAACUCGCCUGCUUGACCCACUGUGCAGAUCUACUCAGUGCCCUUCAAGAUCAGUGGCAAGAUGACAAGGCGUCGAGGGAAACUGACUUCCCAGGAGCGAGUAGCUUACGGAGCUUCCACGAGGACCUCUUGGCUGUUUUAACCCGAUUCGACAUAACCCUUUACUCUACGACCUGGAAAGCAGCGGUUGGAACACUGUCGCGUCCAUUGCCAUCGAAAGCCGCUCCUGCCGAACAGGACGACCAUGGUUUCACGGUCAUAACUAACCGCGCUCCUCCUGAGGCCCAGCCACUGAUUCGGUCAAAUUGGAAAUAUCACCACAGCAACAUCAAGUUACAAUGGUUACUCGAACAACGCUGCGAAGGAACCGGCGAGUGGCUAUUCGGAAUGGACGUCGUCAACCAGUGGUUCAAGGGCAACUAUCGCUUUGUUUUGCUUUCGGGAUCUGCAGGUUGUGGGAAAACCUUCCUCGCCACCGCCCUGUUGAAGCAGCUCAGCGAGCGAGUCACGACGCAUACUGAGCCGCUCUGUUACCAUUUCGCCAACCCUUAUGAAACAAACGAGCUUCAUGAUAUUUUGCAGCCCUUGGUACUUCAGAUCCUGACCCAGAAUCCAAAGGCAUGGCAGGCCUAUCUGGAUUUCCUGCUCGCCCGCGAGAUUCAGCUCGACCAAGAAUCCUGCCCACAACUCUCAUUCCUUGGAGACGCCAAGCUGUUGGUUCCCUUGAUCAAGACCCUUCUCAGCCUGUCUAGUAGAGCCUACAUUGUCCUGGAUGGACUUGACGGACUGAUACCCGACAUCGCUUGCGAGCUACUUGAAGUUCUUCUUGGGUGCAACGGCCUCCAGAUUCUUGUGUUGAGUCGGCCACUACCUCAUGAAACAUGGGGCCGAAUUUGCAGUCAACUUCAAGCCAAAGCAGAAGAAUAUGCCGUCCGUGAGAUAGGCUCGAAUCUUGGUGACGUUCAAGCUUACAUUAGGGAGAGUGCUGCUCAAACUAACAACAGUGCCUCAGCUACUUUCAUGGCACCAGAGGAGCUGGAGUCUUUCGUCUUGAAGUCUAGCACCAGUCCAUCGGAUUCGGGCGUGCAUUUCCAGUUGUCAAAAUGCCGCUUGUGGUACAUUAAGACCAGAGAUCGCACUGGCAAGCCGCCUUCGGCACUGGACCAACCACACUUUCCAGAAUACACCCGCUUGGAAGACUUCUACAAAGCUGUAGUAGACCUGAUCAAGUCUGACAGCUCAGACCUGCCGCUAGGAACGCGAUCUGCCGUUGACUUGCCUUCGACUGUAGCAGAGCGUUACAAUACAUUCAAGACAGCUCUUGAAUGGCUGCUUGUCAUAACCAAACAAGGAUCCGAGAUUCCCAGUAUGGCAUGCUCAAAAAGAUCAUUCUUUGAUGGGCUGUCUGUAGCACUUUCUACCGAAGCAAAGUCACUGGAUGAGCUCAACCCAUCUCGUGAACUUGAAAGCCAAUACUCUUGGCUCUUUGAUCUAUUUGCUUCCGAGAUGCAGAUCAAGUCGGCUACUGAUCAACGUCGGGGUGGCCGCGAUGACACCAUACAAUCAUACCGUUAUUGCAUCCACAAUCGCAGCUUUCUAGAGUUUGCUCAGAAGAAUAUCUGCCAUCUUGAUUACGAAAAGGGUAGAUCCUCCCUUGCUGUUGCCUGUCUCCGUUUCCUCAACAUGCCAGAUCAUGGCGUCAAACGCGACAAGCGUCAAACAGAGGCGGUUCGACUCAAGCACCCGUUCUACGACUUUGCAGCUGCAUGGUGGCCAUCCAUCAGCAGAGGAGUGCUGCCCCAGAUCAGUCCGCUGGCACUGGAGCUGUUCAAAGAACACUACAACUUUCUGAAUUGGUUGGAUGCAUAUUCACGGACUCACUGCGCGAACAGCAGCUACGGUAGGCUCCAGGGCUUGUCAUCUGAAGAUCCAGCAGGAGACCAAGGCAUCGUGCGAAAACACGUGCACACUGCUUUAAAUGUAGCAGUAAGCCUUGGUCUGUCACCACUUCUUGCACCACUUGACGCGCACCUUCAACAAUGCAAACAGCUCUUCCCUCGGAUAUACACUUGCGAGCCGGAAACGAGUUCAAACCUGUUACAACUUGCUCUGAUUGGCCCGCGUGCGUUGAUGACAGACACAAUCAGUUCCAGGGCAUCGGUGACCGUUUCUCCUGUGGCCGGACCCACGAGUAUUGACUUGAGAGGUACGAUAGCCUAUGUGCUCGGCCGCAAUCUCGACCCAGAGGAGCAGGUUCGAAUACCAUUCGUGGGCGCGCAUGCGCUUCUAGUUUGUGCCAAGCUUCAAGACGUGAAACUACUCAUCCAAAUCAUGGAAAGAUUUUCUGGCAAGACCUAUGGGCGUGGUAUCAUGCACACCCAAUCGUUUGCAGACACCCUGGAACGUCUGGAUCCGGGCAGGUUCUCGGAGUUCCAAAACGGCGUCUGCCAGUACAUCUUGGACUUUUAUGCUGCUCUCCAUGCCCAGGACCCAGAUUACCACUCGGAUUAUGAAGAUGACAGCGACCAAGAAGACACAGACGAAGAAUUCGACAGCAAUGAGAAGGACUACCGCUCAUUGGACCGAUGCGCAGCAAAAUACCUUGUGCGGUUGGCGUGGAAAAUCGGCAGCCAAAACAAGCUUGAAUGCAUUCGGAUGGACGUUGACCGCCGAAUCGACUGUCACGACUGGCAGUUUUACAGUCUUUGGAGGAGGACGCAUGAGAGGAUUCGGGCUGACUGGAUCAGGCGCGUGCUGCAAGAUCCACGCCGAUGCGUCAACAAGUCACUAAGGGAACCGAUAAGCUAUGAAUCACCCGAUGCCAAGGAUGUUGCGUUGCAGACACCCCUCCAUCUGCUUGCCGAACUCUCUCGACAAUCUCAAGAUAUCGUCUGGUGGAUCCAGGCUCUCCUCAACCUCGGGGCCGACGUCAGUGCCCGAGACGGCAGAGGAAGGACACCUCUGCACCUGGUUGAGUUGCCCGAGGUGCUUGAGAUGUUCUUGCGGUUUGGGGCCGACCUGGAUGCCCGCGACGAAGAUGGCAGAAAUGUGUGGCACGUUGCUGCGUUUAAUCAUGACGUCGACCUCUUGAAGGCUCUCGCCAAACUGGAUCCCGCUCCCCUAGAAUCCCUGCGUUCCGUGACCAAAAUCGGGCGCACACCGUUGGCGGAGGCUCUUGGGAACUACCGAAAUUCUAAUAGUGGAUUUGAAGCCUGCAAGACGAUACUUGAACUUUGUUCUCACGAUGCUGCAUCCUUUGCCAGCGACGUGCCAAUAAUCCACAUGGCUGCAAAGUGGGUGGCCAACGAUCCCCAGAUGUUGAAGGAGCUCGACAAAGCCGGAGCUUUGUGCCCCGGCGCCAUUGCAACGGAUGGCGGGACUGCGUACCACUAUCUCAGUCCCCACGUCACCCCGGAGUUUUUAAAGACACUGAUACAGUUAUAUGGCAUUGACGACGACUUGCUUGUGAAACUCGACAAGAGGGGGCUGACGGCUUUUGAAAGCUGGAUUGAUUCUUUCUUCAAGAACAUUUUGGACGAUGAAAGAAUCCAGGAUUACGAAGUUGCCCCGAGUAAGCCAACUCGGACUCUCGUUUUCAAGGUUUUGCUUGUCCCAAGUGUAGCCGUGAGCAACAGCACAGCAGGGCUUACUUUCUGGGAACGAGUCUGCUUCAAUUGUCUUCCCGAACUUUUCCGGACGAGCCAGCUUGAAUAUUUCACGCAAUUCCCGUCUGGCUACGUUGACUACAUCAAGGAUGUUCUCGAAGCCAUCUCGAAAUCUGGCGCCAUCGAGUUUUACGAAGAGCACACCUCACAUUGUGCAUUGUUUCCUUUUGUGGCCAACGUGAUGCCACUAGAAGACGUAUUUGGUCACGAAGAUCCAAAGUCGAUGGCAGAGGACACCCUCUACGGAUUCAUAGAAGUCCUGUUGAGCAAGACGAAGUAUGCGGAACCUCUGAGACAGAACCCGUUGAUGGCGGAUCUUCUUUGCACCGCGGCGAUGCGUGGCUCCAAGACACUGGCCAUGUCACUGCUUGCACAUGGGGUCGGCGCCGACACGGUUGGGACGCAGGGAGAAAGUCUGCUGAGCAUGAUAGACGAGCUUCCGAUGCCUCAAAGCCUGGAUUACCUCAAACUCUUGCCAUCUAAUGGGUAGAUGCAAGCAUUGGUGCUGGCCCGGUUCAUUGAUGCUUGUAGGUUGGAGCGGGUGUGGCUUUUGUGGGAGAUGUUUUGUUGUCUUGAAGUAACCGGAGACAAGUGCUAAGCGGAAGAGGAACUGGGUAUAAGCAAUAAAUGUCAAGAUUGGGGGAAAAUGGCUUUUCUCCAGGAUCCCCUUUAAUGUUUGUACUGUUGACUUUUCAAGGCUCGACUAUCUACGAGGUGCCUACCUUGUUUAUCUAUUGGCACUCGUAACCGUGGAAUACACAAUGUUUCCACAACUGCAUGCCGAAAAAGCCUCGUGGCUAAAAACAGUGUGGCUGGCUUGAUGCUCUAUUUCCAACUUUUCCCACGACAUCCAGGCGAAUGCUUGCACCGGUCAAGUGGUUAGAUUCCAGAGAGGAGACAAUAGAGAACCCGAGAUAAUAAAAAAAAACAUGCAAAAUGAACAAUACCACUUUUGUUUCAAGAUCAUCCCGCCCAGGGGCGACAGACACACGCACACGGUAAUAUUCCUGCACGGCCGCGACAGCAACGCCAAAGAGUUUUGC